GCGGUUGUCAGUUAUGCCGGUUUCGAGCCACGAUUUCCGGUUUGAGGGCUAUAGGUUACUGAAAUAGUACCUUUAAGCUCAAGCCAAUAAUUUUCUCGCCCCGUGGAAGUGACAGAAUUCCAAUGGCUUUGAGACCAGCACCACCACCUCCAAAACUAGCCCCCAAGCCAGGUCAAGUGAAGGUUUUCAGGGCAAUCUACAAGUACACUGCACAAAAUGCGGAUGAGCUGUCUUUCGAGGCGGGUGACCUGCUGUACAUCAGGGAGCCGUCGGCCGACCAGACCUGGUGGACGGCCAGCUGCGGCUCCAGCACCGGCCUCAUCCCUUACAACUACGUGGAGGAGCGCUCGGAGCCGGUGGAGAGCCCGCUUCACGAGGCGGCCAAGCGCGGCCACCUCACCUUUUUGACCGAGUGUCUCAGGCACAACGUGUCAGUGAACGGCCUGGACAAGGCCGGCAACACGGCGUUGCACUGGGCGGCGCGCGGCGGCCAUUUGGACUGCGCCCAGGCCCUGCUCGGCACGCCCCGGGUGUGCGUCAGCGUCCAGAACAAGCUGGGUGACACACCGCUGCACCUGGCGGCGUGGCGCGGCCAGGCGCCGAUGGUGGCGCUGCUGCUGCGCCACGGCGCCGACCAGCGCGCGCUCAACGGCGAGGGCCAGCUGCCGCGCCAUCUGGCGACGGCGGCCGACUGCGCUGCCCUGCUGCGGCCGCCGUCGAUCGGCGCCGGCGACGAGUACGGCGACGAGGAUGACUCGGACUGAAAGCAGACCGGGCAGACUGAGAACGGGCCGGGCGGAGAGAGACUGGGAACUCCGGGCGGGGGUAUCAGUCCGACAUCUCGCCGCGCCGCCCGCCCGUGGAAGGUGGCGCCCCUUGGUCCCGAGUCGGCUGGGGUUAUACCCCGGUCGGCCACCGCCGUGUCUCUGUCCGUGCGGACAGUGAUGCGACGGCCGCUCCGCGAGCCACGGCCGCCGCUGCCUGUCCGCCCGACCCCUCGUCUGCGAGACGAGUGUGCAGGCUGUGCAGGGCGUGCUGACUCGCUCGCGGCGUGCGACCUCUGCGGAAGCUGGAGGUCGCCGUGUCACUGCCGGGGUGUGUUUGGCCACUACCGCGUCGCUGACGCGCCUGCUGCUGCGGGAAAGUCGCGAAUCGGAGGCGAGCAUCACUCCCAACGACGGUUGGAGUGUUGAGAACGCGCUUUGGUAUGACGUUUUGCUGGUCCACGUCAUGUACCUAUUUGAUUGUUUAAUCGCACGUGCGCAACGAAGGCUUCAGGUUGCCCUCGGCAUCAAGGUUCUGUAUGAGCGGUGGAUUACCUGGCAUUACAUGUUGUGUGUACUUACGGCUUUUGUAUAUGCGUGUCGUCAUCCUAGGGCUUCGACGCGUUAGCUGAUUAUUGCGACCAAUGUGAUUAACGAUGCACAGUAUCGCGUGGCGGUUGUCUUUCGGGCCUUCCAAGGACCUAGACAUGGCGUUGCUCUGUGCCAACCCCUGAUUAACCAAUGAGACGGCCAUAGUCGAUGCAUACGCUUAAACACAUUCCAGGGUGAACCGCUGAAACCUGAAAACAUGUUAUGCUGAGCGUUUGUGCAAGAUUGUUUUUGAGGUCGCAUGAGGCACGGCGCGAAGCUGUGUGCUGCGCUGUUAUGCCCAGAAGCAGAGAGGCGGAGCUGGAGCGGCGCGUCUCUGAAAGGGUGACCCUGCUAGUCUCAGGGCAAUCCAUGACUAUAAGGUGCCUUGCGACGCCUCGUGUUGUUCGUGUUGGUGAGCUCUAAUGCGAGUUUAUGACGUUAGGACGUCCUGUAGUCGUGCCUCCUACAAUGAGCUUCUAAUA